UUAUUAGUAUCAGAUUUCUGAUACAUGAGUGAAUCAAAUUGAACAAGGCCCUGAAGAAAAUUUAAGAAAUAUCCAAGAAGACUGUUACAGCUUCAUUGGCAACCUGUGACCGACCCAAAUCAGCUGACCAAUCUCCUUGCUAGCUACAGUACUCUCUAAAAUGAUUUAUAUAUAUGAUAGAAAUAAUUGAAAGAAUUAAAUAAAUGCAAGCUAAAGACAUGGGAGUAAAAACUGAAGGCCGUGAAAAACUAUGACAGAGAUUCUUACCAUCCGAAUUUGGGACGGAUCCUGCAAGAAUGGCUCAUGCAAUAGCACCUGGAAGAGUGACAUUUGACGAUAAAAUGGUCGUUAGAAAAGCAAUUGAGGAUGCUAAAAUCCCGUUUACUUACAUCUGUGCCGGUUGCUUUGCUGGAUAUUUCAUCGGCGGUCUUUGUCAACCUGGAAAUAUUCUCCCUUCAAGAGAGCGGGUGCUCUUGCAUGGCGAUGGCAACGUCAAAGCUGUUUAUGUUGAUGAGGACGAUAUAGCGACUUACGCUAUCAAGACAAUUGAUGAUCCUCGUAUGUUGAACAAAACUCUCUACAUUCGCCCGCCGGAGAAUACCCUCUCUCAAAGAGAGGUAGUUCAGGCAUGGGAGAAGCUUAUCGGCAAGGAGCUAGAGAAGACUAGUAUUUUAGAGAAAGAUUUCCUCUCUAUCAUAAAUGGCACAGAUGAUUACGCACAGCAAGUGGGUCUAGGACAUUACUACCAUGUUUGCUAUGAAGGUUGCUUGACAAACUUUGAAAUAGGCGAAGAGGGAGAAGAGGCAUCUCGGUUGUAUCCAGAAGUUAACUACGUGCGAGUGAAGGACUAUCUCAAGCGUUAUCUGUGAACAAAUCUCGUGUGGCGGAUCCGUGUGCAUGUUAUCAGCACUAAUAACUUGAUGUUGUAACAUCUGUUCCCAUGCUUUUAUUAGCAACAGUUGUUUGCGAAAAAUUCGAUGCGCACCUGUUGCGUUUUCUUUAUUUUGUGUUUGGGUUACGCCGAGGAUUAUCUGAAGAGCUAUCUGUAGACAAAUCUAUGCAUCACUGGUCGACCGUUUAUUAAUUGUAUGAUAUAAAUUUAAGUCGGGUAUA